UCGGCUCAAACAACGCUGGACUAAUCGCCACACUGAGCUUGCGCGAAGGACAACUCGGCGAACCUCUAGCCAGCAAAACACGGCUAGGCUGGACCGUAUACGGAUGCAGUGACGCCGGACUAAAGACGACGAACUACACUCUGCAUGUCCUGCAAGUGCCAGAGCGAUGGCCAAGCAGACCAAGACCUACACGAACUUGUAAAACGACACUUCGCGAUCGAGAGCAUCGGCGUAUCGGCAGAGAAGGGACCAGAAUCAGAGGAAGACAAGCGUGCUCGGAACAUCCUGGAGGCGACAACUAAGCGCGUAUCCAACAGGUUCGAAACUGGGCUGUUGUGGCGACACGAUGACGUCAAGUUCCCCAACAGUUUUCCCAUGGCAAUGCGCCGUCUGGAAUGCUUUGAACGGAGGUUGGCAAAAGAUCCUGAACUUAAGUCAAGCGUGGAACGACAAAUCAGAGAAUACCUGGACAACAAGUACAUCCACGAGGUGACGCCGGAUGAGAUGAAAUCAGCCGACCCCAAUAAAGUGUGGCAUUUACCGUUGGGUGCCGUUCGGAACCCAAAGAAGCCCGGGAAAAUCAGACUUGUGUGGGACGCCGCUGCGAAAGUGGGGAACGUUUCGCUUAACUCAAUGCUCCUCAAGGGACCAGAUCAACUGAAGCCUCUUGCUUCCGUGCUUUGUGGCUUUCGUGAGCGUCCGGUGGCCGUGUGCGGCGACCUUAAACAAAUGUUCCAUCAGUUCAGAAUUCGCCAAGACGAUGUACAAAGCCAACGGUUCCUCUACCGCGAUAAUCCCUCGGGAGAGGUCAAGACGUUCGCAAUGGAUGUGGGCAGCUUCGGGGCCACCUGCUCUCCCUGCCAAGCUCAGUACAUCAAAAACCUCAAUGCUACGGAGCACGCCGCGGAGUUCCCGGAAGCGGCCAAAGCAAUCGUGGACAAGCAUUAUGUGGACGAUUACCUCGACAGCUUUGACUCCGAAGCCGAGGCGAUCAAGGUAGCACUGGAGGUGAAGGAAGUACAUACUCGGGGCGGGUUUGAGAUUAGAAACUGGCACUCGAACUCGAACGCGCUUCUCGAACGGGUCGGGGAGCCGAAGCAGGCACAAUCCACGGUCAUCAGUAUCGACGCGGAGAGCGAAGCCGAACGGGUUCUGGGACUCUUGUGGCUGCCAGAAGAAGAUGUCCUCGCCUUCGCUACGCAGUUGCAGCUGGACGGAAACCCACCUACGAAGCGGAACAUCCUCCGCUGCGUCAUGAGCCUGUUCGACUCCCAAGGAAUAUUGUCCCACAUCACCAUACAAGGUCGGAUGAUUAUCCAGGACACGUGGCGCAACAAAACGAAGUGGGACGACGAAGUUAUCGAAGCCAUCCGUAUACGCUGGCUUAGAUGGACUAAGUUGUUUAAAAGGGUCGGCGAAAUGAAGCUACACCGUGCAUACUUUCCCGGAUUCUCCGCUGCAGAAGUCGGCUCAGUCGAAUUGCACGUCUUCACAGACGCGAGUGAAGAGGCGUACGCCUGUACGGCCUACUUCCGGGUGGUCAUCAAUGGCAAAGUUUACGUUACACUGGCUAUGGCCAAAGCGAAGGUUGCCCCCCUCAAGGCGUUGUCAGUGCCUCGGCUGGAACUAAUGGGUGCACUGUUAGGAGCUCGGUUGGCCAAGGCAGUCAUGGAAUACCACACCUAUCCGAUCUGCCGCCGCGUCUUCUGGACCGAUUCCAAAACCACGCUAGCCUGGAUCAAUUCCCACCAUCGACGAUACCGCCAGUUCGUAGCCUUCAGGGUAGGAGAGAUACUGAGUAAGACCGACUCAAUUGAGUGGCGGUACGUUCCCACGCUGCACAACCCGGCCGACGAAGCAACCAAAUGGGGAAAAGGACCUAGCACCGAUGUCCAAUCUCGCUGGUUCCAGGGACCCGACUUUCUGUACCUGCCAGAGGCAGAAUGGCCGGCGCAGGCAACAUCGCAGCUGUUAGAGACGGAAGAAGAACUACGACCUUGUCUGGUUCAUAAAAAACAACAAGCGGAAGACAUCUUCGAGAUCAACAACUUCUCUCAGUGGGAAUCCUUGCAAAGGACUGCCGCUUACGUCCACCGUUUCAUAGGGAACUGCAUCCGCAAGAAACAUCAACAACGCCUGGUGACGGGAUGGCUCAAAAGGGAAGAGCUACAGAAAGCAGAGAACAGUCUCUGGCGCAUCGCUCAAGAGUCGACCUACCCGGACGAAAUAGUUAUUUUGAAACAAGGCAACGCGCGACCGAAGAAGGCCAUCGAGAAAACUAGUCCGGUCUACAAGCUAACACCUUUCCUGGACGAAAACGAUGUAAUGCGCGUUGACAGUCGGAUCGGAAUAGUCCCGUUCGUCACCUUCGACUUCAAAUUUCCAAUUAUUCUACCGCGACACCACCCCCUCACCAAGCUGGUCAUCGACUGGUACCAUCGUCGAUACCUACAUGCGAAUCACAAGACUGUACAUAACGAGGUGCGCCAACGGUUUCAUAUCGCCAAACUGUACACCACGAUUCUUCAAGUCGCAAAAGCUUGCCAGACCUGUAAGAACAACACGGUGACACCGGCCACUCCCCGCAUGGCCCCCCUACCAGAGUCACGUCUCGCCGCAAUGGUGCGCCCUUUCUCGUACGUCGGCCUAGACUAUUUCGGUCCCAUUUCCGUCCGGGUUGGCAGAUGCUGCGUCAAACGGUGGGUCGCACUCUUUACCUGCCUCACAGUGAGAGCAGUACACCUGGAAGUCGUACAUUCUCUUUCCACGGAAUCGUGUAAGAUGGCCGUGCGACGAUUUGUUGGGCGCCGCGGAUCACCGGUGGAAAUACAUUCGGACAACGGGACAAAUUUCCAGGGAGCUAGCAGGGAGCUGAAGGAAGAAAUCGCAACUAUCGGCCAGGGACUAGCGGCAACCUUCACCAACUCAAACACCAAAUGGAUUUUCAUCCCGCCGUCCGCGCCACACUUUGGUGGCUCGUGGGAGCGAUUAGUGAGAUCAGUUAAAGUCGCGCUUCGUUCCUUAUGUAGCGACCGUAACCCGAACGACGAGACGCUGCUGACCGUCGUGGCUGAAGCAGAAUCAAUAGUUAACUCUAGACCUCUAACUUCUAUCCCUCUGGAAAGCGCCGACGAAGAAGCACUCACUCCGAACCAUUUUUUGCUGCUCAGCUCGAGUGGAGUGGCUCAACCCCCCCGUGUACUCUCGGAGCCAACGAAGACAACGCGUUCGAAUUGGAACCUGGCCCGCCAACUGGUGGACAACUUCUGGCGUCGAUGGAUCAGCGAGUACCUUCCUACGAUCGCCAACCGGACGAAGUGGCACAGCGAAGCAAAAGCAAUCAAGGUAGACGAUCAAGUGCUUGUCGUCAACGAUGGUGAGCGGAACGGCUGGACCAGAGGACGAGUUCUGUCGGUGAUUCCCGGGCGAGAUGGACGUGUACGCCAGGUCACAGUCCAGACUACUACGGGAGUACUACGGCGACCUGUAUCAAAACUGGCAGUGCUGGACAUUAAAGGUGAUGGUACCGCGACGCCGCACAAUGCGCCGGAAGUGCGCUACGGGUCGGGGGAUGUUGGCGAAACUGCCAGCCCUGAUACUGAAGAGGUUGUCGGAAACCCCUCGUCGGAUAACCGUCGCAUCACCCCUACCAGUGCCGAAGAGAAGUGUCAACGACGAUCGAGCCGAUUGGCAAAGCAGGGGAAAAUUUAGAAAAACUUGAAAGUCAUCCCGCUAGCAAGUCACGCCGACGUCGGGUAGUACGAAAAGUAGUAGAUUAUUUAGUUGUAGCCGAAUUUAUCUAAAUUAUAUCGGGCACCUGUACGCUUAAAGCGCGAGCUCGAUUAUACGAUUGUAAGUCUGAAUUUGAAGCGCACAAUUUCCCUAAGUUACUGAUAAAAAUAAUCGAUCACUUAUAUCUAGGUUAGAUCAGGCAUUACUCGGUGGAGUGCUGGGCAAGCGGCACAAGUCUUGAACUAAAUUCUAUCCCAUCCACAUGCACUAAUCCCUGCCGCAGACAGGCCCACAAAGGUUGAUCGACGAAGAAAUAAUUAGUUAGUUGGAUUACAUUUGUGACCAGGGGAGACCAAUUGUAAGUGGAGUUGUUGAACUAUAUUGAACUAAUCACUAAUCGAACAAUAAAUUUACAGCUUGAAGAGCGUAAGCGCAAUACGAAAUCGUGCGUUUCUGUCGAGAGGUCCCACAAAUCCAACAAAAGUUCUGUUGCGUUUUGACACCCAUGAAACUGGUCGUCUCAUCGGGACCAAGAAAGUCGCCUUAGAGUUAGAGUACUUUGUCAAGUUUAUUUUGGAUCCUUUGUAAUUUUCCUAUUUCCUAAAGUGUCUUCCUUGACCUGAUCAAAAGUGUUAACUAACAAGUUAUCGUACCCAAUAAAUCAACAAAUUACAAAAAAAAAAAAAAAAAAAAAAAGUCGCCGUGUUUUUAUAUUGGCAAGUGGCGUCUUGUGGAUUUUUUAUGUUUUGAUUGUAAUUAGGGGAAAUAUGCCCAUUUUAAGCCUAAUAAGCAGUCGUGUUUGAAUGAUGUUGGAUAAUCUGGAUUGCUCCUUGAAAUUCACCAAAACCAAGUACACCAACGAGUAGAGCAACUUUUUGUGAACAUUUCUGUUUAUUUUCACUUUUAUUAAAAGUUGUGCUAUUCCUUUUAUAAGCAUUUAAAAAAAUAUUUCAAAAAUGCAUUCUAAUCAGUCGAGUGCAUUGGGCAACGCCCAUUUUUCUAUUUUCAGCUUACAGUCAUCCCUAAGGCUACCAACUCUUGCUGAGCCAAAAUCCGUAUACUUUACCGAUAUGACACCAUGGUAUAACAAAAACUGUCAAGGAAUUAUUUAGAUAAGCUUCGAAUUAACAAUAUUUUUGUUAAACGUUUAAAAGUUUACGAAAUGUCAAGUUUGCUUUUACGAAUAAUAUCGUUGUUAGUGUUUUCACGAAAACAUUUCUAGAGGUCCUAUAAAUACAAGCACAACGCAAGGUUUUCACAAGCCAAAAUUUGAUCUGAUAUUGGAAAGGUCCUAUAAAUACAAGCACAACACAAGGUUUUCACAAGCCAAAAUUUGAUCUUUAAUUUAAUACAUAUGUUUUGUAAGGAUUUUGAAAAGAACAAUCAUUGACAAUCAAGUUUGAACUGAGGAAAACCCGGAAAAAUAUGCAAGUUAUCCCUUUAAAAUCAAACUGACAGUUAAAUAAAUAUAUCUAAUUAGAGAAAGCUUUGGCCCAAUCAAAAAAGCAAUGAAUUUUGUAAAAAGUUGUUAAAAUUCCGUACAAAUCCGUAUUAUGCGAAAAAUUCCGUACAAAAAUUCCGGCCUGUUAAAAAUCCGCGGAAAAGGCCGAAAAUCCGUACGGUAAGGAAAAAAUCCGUACAGUUGGUAGCCUUAGUCAUCCCUCAUAUUCGGAACAGUUUACAGAUCGGCCAAUGUUCAAAAAAUCAUAUCAAAUCGAUAAUUGAACUUAAUGAUUCGCUUUUACCUUCAUUUGAAAGCUUUUCAUGCGAUCUUUCGAAUGCUGUAUCGAAUAACUGCAUAUUUUUACUUUUAUAUCAAGUUUUUGAAGAAAAACUUUGACCCUUUAAAUCCACAAAUUCGGAACACUUUUUUCUUACGGAUGUAAACAAACUUUGGAUCUCUCCAGGAGUACAUAUUUGUAACAAAAUAAUGACUACACACACUGCAACCAGUGAAACUCAAGCUUAGUGAUGUUUUAUCCAUGGUCUGAUAACUUUUUUUGUGAAAAUAUCAGUUAAAUUCAGGUGUUCCACAAUUGUGGGAGGCACAAUAACAUCCCACAAUCAUGGAACAGGCAAUUUGGAGGCAGUGUUUUGCUGCUCUGGAUAAAAUAGUCUUGAAGUAAAGUUUUUUGUUCAAAAAGUACUACUUUUAACUAAUGAAAUAGCAAUAAAUCAUUCCAUUGUGGACCACCGAUCAGUGAGGUACUCCUGGAUAUUAGCUCCUGAAAAGUGCUUUAAAAGUGCAAAAAAUGCCUCACGGCAAGAAAAAGAGGCGGUCCUCACCAGCAGGAUCGGCAGAUUUGAAGAAGCUAAAGAAUGCCGAAGCGCUACCUGCAAAGCCAGGCAGUUUGAGCAAGGACGCUCAAAAUUCGUCUGGAAACCAGUUCGCUACCCUCCCUGUGGACGUGAGCGAGAGGGAAGAAAUUGAACGACGGGAAAAGUUGCCACCCAUUUUUGUGAAAACAUCGUCAUCGGAUUCGGUGCGAAAGUGGCUGACCGGGUUUAUCAAAUCUGGUGCUUAACGAGCUUCCAUUCGCUUGUGUGCUGAUGGACUCAAAAUUCUGCUACCUACCAGAAAGGAUUACAACUACGUUCGGGAUUUCCUGAACAAUACCAAGAUUGAACACUACAGCCAUGACGAUCCAGGUAAACGCCCCAUGAAACAGGUCCUCCGAGGCCUGUACGACAUGGAUGUGAGUGUGCUGAAAGAAGAGCUCAAAACUCUUAAGUUGAACGUGAUCGAAGUCUUCAAGAUGACGAGACACAACAAGGACAUCAAGUAUCGUGAUCAACUGUAUCUGGUUCAUCUCGAGAAAGGAUCGACAACGCCGUCUGAGCUGAACGCAGUCCGGGCAAUUUUCAACGUCAUCGUGACUUGGGUACGUUAUCGUCCAGUGCAUCGUAACGUAACGCAAUGUUCGAACUGCUUGCAGUUUGGACAUGGUGGAAGGAACUGUUUCAUCAAGAGUCGUUGUGCAACCUGCGGAGGUGAGCACAAAACUCAAGCUUGCGAAACAAUCAACGAGAACAUCGAAGCGAAAUGCUUCAAUUGCGGCGGCGACCAUUCGACCAAGAAUCGAAGCUGCCCAAAACGAGCUGAGUUUGUAAAAAUUCGGCAGCAAGCGACGACGAGGCACCAACCAAAUCGUCGCAAAACACCACCAGCAUACACGGACGUGGAUUUUCCUGCUUUGGCGUCGCCAGGAGCGGGAUCUGUUCAAGUG